CGGACUAGAAGAAUAGAAGUUGCUACAGUGUAACAAGUGAUUUGUGUCUCUCCAUUCUGAGACCGUUUUACAUUCGUCUAAAAUCCGCAGCGCGGAAUAAAAGUUUCAAAACUGUAAACAAGCGGUUUGUUUUGAUAUAUUUUAGAACGUUUUUGCUCCAGUCAAACGCCGUAGCGCAACACUAACAAAGUAGUUUGUCUCGCGGCGUUCAUUGUGCAACUAGUGGAAUAGAAGGACAGCUCGGCGUGCGUGUUUGCGGUAACCAGCCUAACAGUCCCGAGCAGACAAUGUUGGAUGGUGUUUUGUGAGCGUUUAAAGGGAAUGAGAGUGAACGAGGGAAGCACGCUUUGAGCACUGCAGCGUUCGAGUGGCCAGUGCCAUGAAACUGAAUCCACAGCAAGCUCCGUUAUAUGGCGAGUGUCUGUUGACUGUCCAGCUCUGUGAGGAAGAGUGUGUCGAGGAUGAGGAGGAUGUAGAGUUUUACCUACUAUUUGCCGGCACCACCCAGAGGCACAUUUCCAGCACUUUGAAAGUCAGCCAUGUCACGCUGCAAGCUGUGUGCCCAGCUCAUGAUCGCAGUGAAACCGUGCGGGUCACGCUGUGCCAGGCCCGGCCCGGGGGCUCAGUGGACCCUGUGGCUGAGGAACGCUUCCAGUUCGUGCAGGACCUCGCCCUGGACAUGGCCCAGUUACUAGUGAACGUUGUUGGGAAGAACGAGGGAGCGUUACUUCUGGACGAGUGUCAGAUCCCCCUGAAGGAGUGUGAGAGGUUGGAUGAUACUCUGGCUCUUGCUCUUAGACAUCUGCCUCUGCCGGCGGGCUGGAGCAUCCUGGGCACAGACUGGGACACGGGCACUUGCGCAGGCUUGGGAAUUGAACCUGGACCACAAGACACACUUUUGCACUUUGCUGCAAAGCGCGGGCUACGUAAGGUAGCACUGUUUCUCCUCCAGCAACCUGGAGGAAGAGAGGCCCUCCGACUUCCCAACAAACAGGGUCGUACGCCGGCCAGGGUCGCCCAGAAGAAAGGCCAUACGCAGCUCCAGAAACUGCUGACGGAGGUUGACAAUCUGCCUGAGUUGGAGACGAAAACAUCCAAGUGGCAUUACCCAGAAGGCAGAGUUCUGCGACACCACCCCAAGCUAAACACUUACACCCUGACGCUAGAGGAUGUGCCAGGGAGUCCCCCACCUAGCCUUCAGUGUGAUGUGGAGGAGCUCCAACUCCUCAUUCAGUCACAUCAGAAGGAAGAUCCUCCACCACAGCAUAAGCCAGCACUGCUGAUUCUUAACCAAAACUCCAGUGAUAGAACAGAACCUGCUGACUGCGUACCAGCCAAUUCACUGGAGCCUGAGCAUCAGGAACCCAACUCUGAACAAGAAGAAACCUGCGAAUCGAACAGCUCUGCCGUUGAGGAUGGACUGUGUAUUCGUCAAAAUGGCACAGGAAAUCAUGUCCAAUCACAGGACAGGGAGGUGGAGCUUGACCCGCCAGCUGUAGGGGAUACUGGGAAGGCGUCAGAUAAGGCUGACUGUUCGCAGCACCGGGUAGAAGGCGAUUCUGUGACAUUCAGUGCCCCUUCCUGUGGAAACCAGCGGGAGGAAGCUGAUAUAGAACUCUGCGUAAUCAGUGCCAAACAGGGGGCUGCUUCACAGCCUGAUAAAGGGAACCAAGAAGAGCAGGAGGCUUGGCAGAGGAGUUUACAGACUGAAAAAGACAAUAACGCUCAAUCUGGCAACCUUGAGUCCCAAGACAUGGGCCACGCACAAUCUCAGGGUCUCCUCCCCACGGAAACUAGUCAGCCUUCACAAAGAGAGGAGGAGAGCGAGGGGAGUGCUGAUCUUAGUUGGCGAGGGGACUUACCAGAGGAAAGGGAAGGGGAGACGAGUAGCAGCCAGGAAAUAGGCUUAAACUCUAAAGCACUUUCUUCCCAUUAUCCAGAGGAAAACGAUCAGCACGACGAAAAGUUUGAGCCCAAGCUGCCUACGGAAUGCUCGGUGGGAACAGACAAAGCUAAACUGACUUUAAUUCAGGUAAAUAUUGAGGUUACGUCGUCCGUACGAAACGAUGAAACUGUUAUUUCUGAUGGUGUUGACAAGCCGCAUGGUAGCUUAGAGACAGAGACAGGAAAUCUUAGCGAACACACCAAAGGCAACACUGAGUCAGUUUCUGGUUUGGUUACGGAUGACGUUAGCAUAAAGCAGAACUCUGGAUUUAGCAUUUCAGGAGGUGAUCCUUUGGAAUCGUUAAGUCUCCAGCCAAACAUGGCACCAGGACCGGUGCAUAAGGUUAGACGAGGGCUCUCACCCGUUCCUGAGACUUCUCCUCAUGAAGGUCCAGCUGUGGAGCCCUUGUCUGAGACUACAGAAGGUUUUCAACAGCCACACCAAGUCACACAAUCUUCAGAAACUGCAUUAGAAUGUCAGGAGAUUUUGAAUGACUCAGACUGUGACAUCAGUGCAAUAGCAGGUGUUUCUGUUGGCAUCACUGCAGAGGUUUCAUCUCGCCAGAUUGCCGGGUCUCUACCUGAUGGAAGCAAGGAGGAGGUAGCCUCUAAUGAGAGGAUAAACCACCCUAAGGAGAUCUUUGAAGAGCAGGAAUCAAUUGAUGACAUUGUUGUCUCACAGUUGGAUGACAAAUCCAAAUCUUCUGAUGAAUCUUCUCUGCCUGUUGACUCUGAAGCCUUUAUCGUAAGUGAUUUACAACAGGAUGUGUCUACGAUACUGUCUUCUGAACAUUUUGGAGUUGAUAUAAUCAUAGGAACUCCUUUCGGAGGAGAAGAGGCAUCUGAAACAUUUGUUCAGCCAGACUCUACGUCCAAACUGGUUGAGCAGAUUCCUGAGGAAUAUUCUGGAGAUACCACAAAUGAAAAUCAAAUUUGUGAGCCAGGGGAACCAUCGGUUCUAGUGUCCACUUUGCAAGGUGAACCGGGAUUUAAAGAUGUUGCUCCAGAUGACCCUCUACAGGAAAGGGAAAUUGACUCCACUUCACAGGACACAAUCAACAAGCUUCUUGAUCUGCCGGAAAUCACACACAAUGAUUGUCCUGAAUCCAAUGCACAGUUCCAGCUCCCAGAAUCCUCCAAAGAGAGUGCAAACACACCAUCAGAACCUACUGCAGAAUGUGUGAAUGACCUAGACCUAUCUUGUGCCUCACCCCUAAGCCAAGGCAGCAGACCUUCUGAGACCCCCUUCACUGAUGGAGUAAAGAUCUCUGCUGUAAUUCCUGGUGGGGUUGAAUGUGUUGACAUGGCUACCGAUAUGUGUGAGACGACUGUCUCGGGGGACAGCCCAUGCUCUCCCAUGGACACCAGCAGUGGUUCAGUUCUGGAGAGCUCCUCCAUGCCUGACCCACUCAAUGCCUCAUCCUCAACAGCUGAGCUCACUUCCCCUUUGGAUAUUAAUAGUGGAUUGCACCAGGAUUUGGAACAGACUUCCCCAGUGGAUAUAGACAAUGGUACACCAUCAGAACCUACUGUUGAAUGUGUGAAUGACCUUGACCUGUCUUGUGCCUCGCCUCUAACAGAAAGCCAAGGCAGCAGACCUUCUGAGACCCCCUUCACUGAUGGAGUAAAGAUCUCUGCUGUAAUUCCUGGUGGGGAUGAAUGUGUUGACAUGGCUACCGAUAUGUGCGAGAUGACUGUCUCGGGGGACAGCCCAUGCUCUCCCAUGGACACCAGCAGUGGUUCAGCUCUGGAGAGCUCCUCCAUGCCUGACCCACUCAAUGCCUCAUCCUCAACAGCUGAGCUCACUUCCCCUUUGGAUAUUAAUAGUGGAUUGCACCAGGGUUUGGAACACACUUCCCCAGUGGAUAUAGACAAUGGUUUGUCUGAGGAACUGCAGCCUUCAGAAACACCUGAGAGCCUGAAUGGAUUACAUCAAGAUACUCCUGAUUGUUUGAUGGAUCACAGUGAAACUCUUCAGCAGUGUGCAGAGGAACCACCUGUCGAACAAAUGACAGUUGAUGGCGCUUUAGCAGAGGAUGCGGUGGAUGGACACCAAGACUCCUCAGCAGACAUAGUGAAUUCCCAAAUGAUCCACAGAGAGACGGAGACGUUUUAUUCAGUUGAUGCCAGUCAAGAUGCUGGACUCCAGGAGAAGAAAUCCACUUCAGUGAUUUCAGAAUUCCCCCCUUCGACCCCCUCACCCGAGACCGUACAUCACAAAGAGUCAGCGAGCACCAUGCGAGUGUCCGCCAGCGAUGGUGACUCUCUGUUUAGCCAGGAUUUGAGCGAGGACAGCAUUUUUAAUAAUAAGGCUGAGGACAGCGUCACAGUCACCAGCGGUGUGUCCAUGUCCUACUCGUCCUCCACAGACGACACCUCCAGCCUCGGGACCCAUAGCGCCAUCUCUCAGGCCAGCACAGAAGCUCCUACAUCAGACCCCUGUCAGGAAAAGCCCACAUCUCCUGGAGCUUCACCUGUUUCAGGAGAAAUAGAGGAGGAAGAGAAAAAGGACCACUUGACAGAGGUCCUGCAGCGGUCAGCCAUUUUACGUACCUCCAUACGAUCCCUGUCCCCUUUACGCAGGCACAGUUGGGGCCCCGGCAAAAAUUCAGCGGGGGAGACGGAGAUUAGUCAACGCAGUACGACACGUGGUGAAGUGGAACACAGGUCUGCAGGCCAUAGGAGAAGCAUGAGCUGGUGUCCUUCGGUUGUCCCGCGCUCAGAAAACGACGAAAUAAAUGAAAGAAGUUACAGCCUGGAAGGACUUGCAGCAGAUAAGGAAGGAAGGAAAAGCCUUAACCAGUGCAUGGGGGAGGCCAGCCAGGAACCAAACUGUCCGUCAAAGCUGGACAGAGAAGAGAGAGGCUCUCUUGUGUCCCUGACAGAAGAAGAACAGGAAUCAGACCUGCGAGACUGCAGCAGUUUGGACAGUCAGAAGUCCAUCCAGUCUGGACGAAGAUGUGUCCCACAUUCACAACCCUUUCUCACCAAGUCUGUCUCCAUGUUGGCCAUCAGUCACAAAGACAUAGAUGCGAUCGGAUGGCCGCGACCCAAGCGAAGAAUCUCCUUCUCCUUCAGCAUCUCGCCCAUGCUCCCCAAAUCUAAAACUCUCUUUUCUAUUGGCUCUUCAUCCAGUGAUGAGGAGGAGGCAGUCAGACUGUGCUCAUUCACAGGCACAUCAGGAUCUUUAGAGAACUGUAUAUCAGAGGAGGACCCGGGGCCAUUGCGGAGUGACAGUGAAGGCAAAGUUGGAGGAACGAAAGUGAGCAGGACAUUCAGUUACCUCAAGAGCAAAAUGAGCAAGAAGAGCAAGGAGAAGGAGAAAGACAAGAAUAAGGAGCGCGAGCGAGAUGCCAAAGACAAGGAGAGGAGAACCUCAAAUGGACAUCUCUUCACUGCGAUCAUGACAAUACCCACAAUCCCCUGCCAACAGUGCAACAAACCCAUCAACACUAAAGAUGCUUUCCUCUGCACCAAUUGCAAUGCACAAGUCCACAAAGGCUGCAGAGAGAGUCUUCCUGUUUGUGCCAAGGUCAAAAUGAAGCAGCAAAAACAGCAGCAGACUGUUCCAGAUUCUGCCUCGAUGCCUGGUGUCACGCUUAGAACCCUCCCAGCACGGGAACGUCCGUGGUCCACCAUCUCUGUUACCGAUGAUCAGCCCGCUACUCUCGCCCCUCCUCGGAAAAGCCCCAGCAGUAUCAUGUCUUUCAACAGCAACCCGCUGUCCAAGAGCAUGUCCAUUAAUAACAUCGCUGGACAAAUUGAAGACCCUCCUCUAAAGACUCUGAAGUUUCUGUCCCAGUCGACCGACUCUCUUCACAAGACCAGUAAAGUCAGCGAGUCCACAGAAUCUCUUACCGAUGAGGGUACAGAGAUGAUGGAUAGCCAGCUGAUGGGAGAAUUUGAAGCUGAUGCCAAAGAGCUGGAAGCAGAUUCUUGGAGCUUUACGGUGGACAAGAAAUUCUUGAAACAGCUUAAAAAGGAUGUUAUCAAGAGGCAAGAUGUCAUUUACGAACUCAUCCAGACCGAAAUGCACCAUGUGAGGACCUUGAAGAUUAUGGCUGAUGUUUACAGUAAAGGGCUACUGAGAGAGGUUCAACUGGAGGUUCAGACUGUAGAGAAGAUGUUCCCCAUGUUAGAUGAUGUUCUGGACUUGCACACACAGUUCUUCUCACAGCUGCUCGAAAGGAAGAAAGAGUCAGGGAGCCAGGAAGAAGGUGGCUUUGUCAUCCGAAAGAUUGGUGAUGUGCUGGUCUCUCAGUUCUCAGGUUCCAGUGCCGAGAGAAUGAAGAAGGUCUAUGGGAAGUUCUGCAGCAGACACAAUGAAGCUGUGAACUUCUACAAGGAGCUUCAAACCAAAGACAAACGUUUUCAAGCUUUCAUCAAGAAAAAGAUGAGCAGCUCUGUUGUCCGACGGCUAAGCAUUCCUGAGUGUAUAUUGUUAGUCACACAACGAAUAACAAAGUAUCCCGUCUUACUACAGAGAAUACUGCAGCACACGAAAGAAAAUGAGGAAGACCAUGCAGAUGUAACCCAAGGUCUGAAGUUGGUGAAGGAGGUGAUUGCCGCCGUGGACAAUAAAGUAAACGAGCAUGAGAAGAAAAAGAGGCUAAAGGAAGUUGAGACAUUACAGGUUCUGGUAAACGACAGUCUAGGAGGAGCGGUGCAGGAUGGAGUAUGUGCGGCUGGGCCCGUGACUUUGCCACGACGGGCGGAAACCUUUGGAGGCUUUGAUAGUCACCAGAUGAGCAUCUCAAAGAGUAAAGAUGGAGACAGAGAGGAGACGGAAGACUCUGCAGAGCUCCGCAGGACUGAGUCAGACAGCGUUCUAAAGAAGGCAAGCAACGCCAACCCCCUGCUCCUACUCAAGAGGAACAACGAGCAGGUUCUUCAGAGCGUCGCUCAGCUCCAUGACCUGCUGAACACAUUACAGGCUGUUGUUAUCCAGCAAGACACCUUCAUCGAGGACAAGCGGCAUGCCCUCAACGAACGCCCCCAGCCCUCUUCACGCCACCCGUCCGUCUCGUCCCUCAACUCCUCCUCUUCCUCCUCCUCAUCACGGCCCAGCUCACUAAUCGAGCAGGAGAAACAGCGGAGCCUGGAGAAGCAGCGGCAACAAGUCGCCAGCCUCCAAAAGCAGCAGGCUGCCCACGCCGAGGAGAGGAGGCGCAGGGAAAAAGAGUGGGAAGCGCGGGAGCGGGAACUGGCCCAGAGGGAGUCGCAGCUGCAGACCCAAGAGGAAGAGGUGCAGAGGAGAUGGAAAGAGCUGGAAGAGGAGAAGCAAGACCUGCAGAGUAAAAAAGAAGAGUAUCAGAGAGACCUGGCACGGCUCAGAGACAGCCAGAAGAGACUGGAGAGAGAACGAGAGCAAGUGCAGAGAGAGACGGAGCUGAUCAGACAAACAGAGGAAUUAAGGAAGAACCGGACCCCUUCCACAACGUCUGAGGACUCCUCAAAGUUCCAGAGCACUGGUUCAUUGGACCGUGACCCCUCAGAGGUGGAGCUCUCCUCGUCUCCGUCUGCCAGAGACUUCCUGUCCCGCAUGGACUCCAAACGCAAAGGGAAGAACCUCAGUCUAUUCUCCUCCAAUUCACGCCAGAAAGGCCAGAACAGCGAGGCGCAGAGCCAGAUCCCCAGCCGCCUGCUACAGCUGGCCAAACCCAAGGAGAAGAAGGACAAGAAGAAGAAGAAGGGAAAAGGGCAGCAGAGCAAGACUGCGGAUUCUCAGAGCGCUGUGGUUCCAGACUCUACCCCGGACGGAGAGAUCUUUUUCUGCUGAUUCGGCCCCCUCUUCAUCAUCCACUAUCCCACAAUGCCUCCAAGCAGGGCUGCUGGUCUCUGGUUGUGGACUUGUAAACCGGAGUUAGAAGCACAUACCUGUAGUCUCGAAGGGCGUCAGGCCUGGACAGGAAGUUUAAACUGAUUGUUUCCUGUGACCUGAAUUUCAGCGGCCAGCAUACUGCACGUUGCCUUCCAUCCCUCACAUACACCUAUGAACGCAAGCAGGGGCCUGGAGCAGGAGUUUGGGGAACAGUACAUGUCAGAUAAACCCACUGCGGGCACUUUUUCACACACAGACUUCCUGUGAAGAUCAAAAAGAGAUUUAUAACAGCAAGAGGCAUCACGCUGAGAGACAGCUGGCUUUCCAACGACCGCAAAAGUCGCUUUCUGAAGGACAUUUGACUAAUGAACAUACUAAUAAUCAAAGUGAGUGAACUCAAAGUGCAGUUGGCAAUGCAGUGAUUAAGUUUCUAUAUGUUUCCAUCCUUUUUCUUUCAUCCCUGUCAUGUUACAAUGUGCCUCACCAAUAUAGUCUUUUGGACCAGACUUGGUUUAUAUACAGUCCCAAGGUUUCAUUUCUUUUGAAAAGGUCGCAAAAUACUGUUUAUGAAUAGAAGGGAUGCUUUUGAAAACAUUUUAGUGAGCACGACAGACAUGGAAGUGCAAAAGAGUGUAAGAAUUGUUUUUUAAUUAAUUCUGUUAAUUACUUUUCAAACCCUAAAUGACUGAAAGAGAAAAUGAAAAUUCAUGAUUCACUUUGUUGUGACUCUAAAGGCUUCACAAACCCCACAGACGUUUUCUUUUUUUCUUCUAAACCCUCAAUGCAAUUUUAAUCCUUAGCACUUUAUAAGCACACGUCGAGUGGGAAAAAAUGGCUGGCUUUAAAACGAGACAAUCGAUCAGCUCCACUUAACUGGUAAACGGCCUCCUUUGUACGUGUGAGGUUUUAUUUGAUAAUCUUUUACUGUACCAUGUGAAUGUUAUGUAAAUUUGUUCAACCAAACACAUAGCUAGCUUUCACGUUAAGCUACCAAAAGAGCGGGUGUUUUAACUGCAGUAUUUUUGUCUUUUUAAGGUUCAAAUUGAGCGAGAUGAGGGAUUCGGCUUUAUGUAGGCUAACAAAUUCAAGUUGUAUUAGCCACAAAGUAUGGCAGUUCUACGCUCAAGCCAGAAAUGUUGAUUUGACAGGCCAAUGUGGUAAAAGUAUGAAUAUACAUUGUGUUUGUGUAUAAAACGCCUGGUUUGUACCCUCUAAUCACUAGAUUUUAGCCAAACAAAAGCCCUUGCCUGCUGGCCAGGCGAACCGUUCUGCUGAACAUAAGGAAAUAUUUUAAGAAAGGGGAAAUUGUGCAGAUAAAAAGUGUUAAUUUAAGCUUUCUGCUCUGUUUUUAUUUUCUUGCCAUUAAACUUCUACCUAACACGCCUCUCUAAUACAUUAGAGUGAUGAAUGCCUCAUGAUUCAUUUAUUGAUCAGUUCCCUCUGACCUCUUGGGAUCUAAUUCAUACGUCCGAGAGAUUUUUAUUAUCCAUCAGCAUAUUCCCACAGCUGCUGAUGCUGACAUUCUGCAUGCUGUUCUGUUAUGGUGCUAAACGGAGAAUUGAAAUGCCUUAACCAAUAGAGGGCGGUGUGUCAGCUCUGAUUUCCACAGACACUUCAAACUCCCCAAACGCAUUGUUUUGUCGGAUAAUUGAGUAAUGUUGAGAAAUUUCAUGCUCACGUUCUUUAGCUAGCCUUAGAUAUUCCCCAAAUCCUGCAGUGUUUUUCAGUUCCUUUUUAUCGCCAAUUCUUCCUUCAGGGAAACAUAUAAUUCAAGAUGAAUUAUUACUAGCACAAUUAAAGCUGGUCGGAAGUAUUCUCGCUCAUUUGACUCGUAUUGGCUGGCAUAAGAAAUGCUCUAAAGAUAAAUCCAAAUCAUCCCGUUAAUGCAAAUCAAACAUACAUCUGCUUCACCCAAUGGACAUUAUGUAGACACUAUAUUUAAUUAAAAUUUUUCAAAAGUUGAAUUGAUUGUUCUGCUGACACAACAUUUAAAAUACAUUUUUUUUUUUUUUUUUAAUCCUGGUGUCAAGAUUUUUUUUGUGAAAAUUACACUGUGCUUUUAUUCCUCACAGUCUCGUUUUCAUUCACGAAAAAUGAAACAUGGCGUCUACCAUCAUUAAGAUCCGUGGUUAGUAAGAGGUACCAUAAUUUCUUGUCAAAUUUUAUGUAAAAAA